AUGCCACCUACACCAUACCCCAACCUCAGGCAACCCAAUCCCACCCUCAUCCCCCACCCCAACCCCGGGCCACCCAAUACAUACUCCAACCCUAAGCCACUCACACCAUACCCCAACCUCAGACAACCCAACGCCAACCUCAACCCCUACCCCAACCCCAGAACACCUAAUGCCUUUCCCAACCCCAACCCCUACCCCAGACCACCCCAUACCAAUUUCAACUCCAGGUGCCUCAACCCCAGCCUCAAUCCCUAUACCAACCCCAAGGGCCACCCACUUCCAGUAACCUCGCUUCAGACACCGGUAAUUAUGAGUCUGAUUCCUAAGAUGACUCUGCCGACACUCAGAGGUACGGAGUUGCCGUCCAACAAGAUGGAACGCAACCGCCGGGUGGAGGACUGGCUGUGGAAGAUUAGUGCGAUGCUGGGGGCUGUCCCAAAUGAUGGUCUGAAAAUUACUCUCGCCUUGGGGGUUUGCGUGGACGUAGCCGGCGCACUGGCGAGGUUGAAAGAGUUUCGACACCUGUCGACAUUGCCUCAAUUUGUCCAGGCGAUUAGGGACAGGUAUAAGGAGAAAGUGUCGGCAGAUGAAGCUCAGGUAUACCUUCAGUCACAUAAGAGGGACGACUGCAGUACAAUAAAGGAUUUCGGGACGUUGAUAAUGAGUUGGGUUGACGACCUUACCCAGGAGCUGGGGUACGAUGAGAGUCUGGCAGAACGAUUAGCUAAGCAGUUGUUCUGUAGAGCGUUACCUCCUACCAUGGGACGUUUAUUAUGGAGCGUUAUUAUGUUUUAA